AUUCACACUGGAGAGAAGCCAUACACAUGUAAUCAGUGUGGGAAGAGUUUCAGACUUAAGCAACCCCUUAACGAUCACAUGAGGAUCCACACUGGAGAGAAGCCGUACUCAUGUAAUCAGUGUGGAAAAUGUUUCAGAAAAUAUAGUGGUUUUAAAAAACAUCUGCUUGUUCAUUCUAGAGAAAGACUAGAUAAUCGUGACCAAAGCAGUAAAACAUUUUUUAGGGCAGAUUUCCAGAAGAACCACCUGAAAGUUCAUACAAAGGAGAGGCCUUAUGUAUGCUAUUUAUGUGGAAAGAGUUUUAGUCAGAUGGUUGCACUAAAGAUACAUCAGAAAAGACACAGCGGUGUGAAGGAUCAUGUUUGCUCUGAAUGUGGAAAGACUUUCGUUACGUAUGGUGCACUGAAAGUGCACAAAACAGUUCACACUACAGAAGCAGCUUACAAGUGUUCCCACUGUGACAAGAGAUUCAAACGGACAGAAUAUCUGAGAAUACAUGAGAGGAUCCACACUGGAGAGAAGCCGUACACAUGUGAUCAAUGUGAGAAGAGCUUCAGACUUAAAAAAAUGCUUAAUCAACACAUGAAUAUCCACAGUGGAGAGAAGCCUCACACAUGCGAUCACUGUGGGAAGAAUUUCACACAAAAAGGAAACCUUAACAAACACAUGAAAAUCCACACUGGAGAGAAGCAACACACAUGUGAUCAGUGUGGAAAAACUUUUGUGCAUAAAGGAAACCUUAAAGACCACAUGAAUAUCCACACUGGAGAGAGGCCACACACAUGUGAUCAGUGUGGCAGGAGUUUCGCACAUAAAGGAAACCUCAUCAAACACCGGAAAAGACACACUGGGGAGAAGCCACACACAUGUGAUCAGUGUGGGAAGAGUUUUGCAGAAAAGGCAACCCUUAAUGAACACAUGAGGAUCCACACAGGGGAGAAGCCAUACACAUGUGAUCAGUGUGGGAGGAGUUUCACACAAAGAGGAACCCUUUAUGAACACAUGAAAACCCACAGUGGAGAAAAGCCAUAUACCUGUGAUCAGUGUGGGAAGAGUUUCAAGCGAAAAGAAGGCCUUAAUGAACACAUGAAAACCCACAGUGAAGAAAAGCCAUAUACCUGUGAUCAGUGUGGCAAGAGUUUCAAGCGAAAAGAAGGCCUUAAUGAUCACAUGAAAAUCCACACUGGAGAGAAGCCGUACACAUGUGAUCAGUGUGGGAAGAAUUUCACACAAAGAGGAACCCUUUAUCAACACAAGAAAACCCACACUAGAGUGAAGCCAUACACGUGUGCACAAUGUGGGAAGUUUUUCAAAAAUUCAAGUUUUUUAAAAGUGCACCUGCGUACUCAUUCUAGAGAAAGACAAUAUAACUCUGACCAGUGCAGUAAAAAUAAUUUCAGGGCAGAUUUCCGGAAGAGCCACCUAAAAGUUCAUACAAAAGAGAGGCCUUGCAUAUGUAAUUUAUGUGGAAAGAGUUUUAGUCAGAUGGUUGCAUUAAAAAUACACCAGAAGAGACACAGUGAUGUGAAGGAUCAUAUUUGCUCUGAGUGUGGGAAGGCUUUUUUUACUGAUAGUGAAGUGAAACAGCACCAAACUGUUCACACUACAGAAACACCUUACAAGUGUUCACACUGUGACAAGAGAUUCAAACGGUCAACACAUCUACAAAUACAUGAGAAGAUCCACACUGGAGAGAAGCCGUAUCACUGCCAUUCAUGUGGGAAGAGAUUCACUCAAUUAUAUUCUUUAAUCUGUCAUAAAUUACAUGUCUGCAUGUCUGAAAUUACAGUAAGUAGUUCAAGUUCUGAUCCUGUACUUACAGGUAUGAUAGAUGGUAGGUAGGGCUGCAUUAAGUAAUUAUUUUGAUAAAUUAUUAAUCAGAGAUUAUUAGAAUGAUUAAUCAACUAAUUUUUGAUUAUUUCACAGAUUAAUCAGUAGCUUUUAUUAUUUUUUUGACUUUUUAGUUAAAAUGUUGAGUUAUACCCAUUCUAACUGAUAAAUAAAA